AUGACCAAAUCAGACCCUGACAUGUCGCUUCUUUGUCUGAGAGCUACUCCUGUUGACCACAAACUUCCCACACCUGCCGAGUUACUAUUGGGGCGCCGAAUCCAAGACAACCUCCCAAGGAAGAUUUCAAGGGACCCAUCAAGUGAAGAAGUUAUCUCCAGGCUGAUCGAAAGAUAGCAACUGCAGAAACACUACUAUGAUCGAUCUGCAAAGCCACUCCCAGAACUUGCCCCAGGGCAAAGGAUCACCAUUCAAGAUCCAGCAUCGCUAAAAUGGAAACCGGCUCAGGUAAAGGAGAGGCUAGUUGUACCUCCCCGCUCAUACGCUGUAACGACUGCAACUGGUAGAGAGCUGAGGCGCAACAGAGCCCACACACGA